AUGGUGCGGAGGGUGCUCGGCGCGUCGCUCGCCCUGCUCCUCUGGGUAACAGCCGCCUGCGGCAGCUCCGCGGGGCCGGGGGCUGGCGUCGCCACUUCUGCUGCCCGAAAGCAGGACGAGGCUUUCUCCACUGCCAGAUGCACCUCCAGGUGCCUCAGCCUCCAGAUAACCCGCAUCUCCGCCUUCUUCAAGCAUUUCCAGAACAAUGGCUCACUUGCUUGGUGCCAGAAUCAUAAACAGUGUUCAAAGUGCCUGGAGCCCUGCAAAGAGUCCUGGGACCUGAAGAAAAACCAUUGCCAAAGCUUCUGUGAGCCUCUUUUCCCCAAGAAGAAUUAUGAAUGCCUAACUAGCUGUGAAUUCCUGAAGUACAUCCUGUCUGUGAAGCAAGGGGACUGCCCAGCACCUGAGAAGGCCAGUGGUUUCGCUGCUGCCUGUGUUGAAAGCUGUGAAUCUGAUAAUGAAUGUUCUGGAGUGAAGAAAUGCUGCUCCAAUGGAUGUGGUCAUACAUGCCAAGUUCCAAAAAAUCUGUACAAAGGUGUUCCACUGAAACCCCGAAAAGAAUUAAAAUUUGUAGAACUUCAGUCAGGAGACUUGGAGGUGAAGUGGUCUUCGAAGUUCAAUAUUUCCAUUGAGCCUGUGAUCUAUGUUGUUCAGAGGAGAUGGAAUCAAGGAAUUCAUCCAAGUGAGGAUGAUGCUACUAACUGGCAAACUGUGGCACAGACUACAGAUGAGCGGGUUCGACUGCCGGACAUUCGAGCAAGCAGGUGGUACCAGUUCCGCGUGGCAGCUGUGAAUGUGCAUGGGACAAGAGGCUUCACGGCACCCAGCAAGCACUUCCGAUCCUCAAAAGAUCCAUCUGCUCCACCAGCUCCUUCUAAUAUCAGAAUUGCCAAUAUCAGUGCAAACAAUGAUGGGAGUGUAAAUGUAAUGAUUACUUGGGAUCUUCCUGAAGAGCCUGAUAUCCCAGUGCAUCACUACAAAGUAUUCUGGAGUUGGACAUAUAGCAAAUAUGUAAUCCCAGCUAAAAAAAAGAGAAGGAAGAUUACCAAUGGGGCCCAAAAUUAUGUGGUCCUGGAGGGACUCCAACCCAACAGCAACUACAAUGUAGAACUCCAGGCGGUAACACGUUGGGGUCAGAUACGCCUAAAAAGUGCUAAGGUUUCUCUCCAUUUUAGCACAACUCAGGACACCAGGAAUAAUAAGGAACAGUCAUCUUCUGCUGGGAAACCCCAGAAAGGACUGGUUGAUCCGUACUCAACAUUUCAAAGAAGAAAAACCACUCGUUCUCUUAAAAUUGGAACUCCGUUCUAUCAAGACAAUCAACUUCAGGUCAAAGUCUACUGGAAGAAGACAGAGGAUAUCAGCAUGAAUCAAUUCCAAGUCCAUUGGUUACUGGAGUCCUGUGCACAUAAUGACACCAAAGGACUUGGGAAAGCAACUGAGCUGACUUAUGAAAACUACAUGAUUCUGAAGGACUUGUCAUUUUCCUGCAAAUAUAAAGUGACUGUUUUGCCUGCAAAAUCUAAAGGUCGAUUUAAGGCUGAGAGUACUUUCUUUGUUACCCCACCUUGCUCUGUGUUUAAAGAAAAAAGCCACAAGCACAUUAAUUCACUAGGUGAGGUCAGCCAUGUUCUACCCAAAGUGUUGGCCAAACCCGAGAAUCUAUCUGCGUCUUUCAUUGUUCAGGAAGGUAACAUCACUGGUCAUUUUUCCUGGAAGAUAUCUAAGGCUGACAUUCACCAGCCCAUGACAGGGUUUCAAGUCACCUGGGCAGAAGUAACCACAGAAAGCCGGCAGAACAGCUUACCCAACAGCAUCAUUUCACAGUCACAGAUACUGCCAGCAGAUCAUUAUGUACUUACUGUGCCAAAUUUGAGGCCAUCAAUGCUGUACCGCUUGGAAGUUCAGGUGCUGACAACUGGUGGGGAAGGGCCAGCUACAAUAAAAUCAUUCCGAACACCUGACCUUCCUCCAUUUUCACCCCACAGACCUCAUCUGAAGCAACAUCAUCCACAUCACUAUAAGCCACCACCAGAGAAAUAUUAG